AUGGGCAACGCAAGGCUGGGACGACAGCGGCCGGCGGUGCAGGAGAGGCUCACGCGGCCGCAGCGGCUGGUCCGGCAGCUCUCCGACCUGGACUCCGGCCGCCUCCGCCGCCUCAUCCGCUCCGGUGACCUCGCGCCGUGCUUCGACGCCGACGAUGACGAGCGCGCCGUCGAGUGCCCCAUCUGCUUCUACUUCUAUCCGACCCUGAAUCAAUCCAAGUGUUGCGGCAAAGGGAUCUGUACGGAGUGCUUCUUGCAACUGAUGCCGUCCAAGGCUUCCAAAGCAGUCCACUGCCCUUUCUGCAAAACCGCAACUUACGCUGUAGAAUACUGCAGUGCUAGAACAUCAAGUGAGAAGAAACUUCAACAAGAAGUAAGCUUUCUUGCCAGAUAUUCUGAUCAAAAGCAUCAUCGUACUACCUUGCACUUUCCAACAAGUCUUGUUCUGAGUUUCUUGCAGGAAGAACAGAACACAAAUGAAGCCAAAACAAGAAUGCGAUCCAAGACUCACAAAACCAUUGAAAUACAGUCUUAGAACCUGCAAACCUGAUGAUUUGUCACUGCUAGAAGUUCUCUCCCUAUUUUUUCUUAACCUCCCCAGAGGUAUCAUGGCAAUCCAAUCCAUCCAUGAUCGCUCCUGGAAUGUUUCAGACAUUAUUUUCAUGUAGUAUUGUUUUGGAUCUAGAGGUAUGCAGUUCAGAACAGAGUCAGGUUCAAAACAAUAUAUUGAAACAAUACUACAUGAAAACAAUGUCUGAAACGUAGCCUGUAAAUAUUUUGGUUUCAAUAUUCUUCCGGUGGCAGCAGCAGACUGAGGAUUUGGUACAUCACUGCAGAAUGAUUCUGUAGCCGGCUCUUAAGACAAGGAUAAAAGUCCCAAGUGCUCAAUUCAGGACUAAAUUAUUUUCGUGGUGGCCAAGAACUCCACGUUAGCAUCCAGUCACCACUCACUUUGCAACGCGUCUGCUUUGAUUCCAUACGGUGCAUCUUGCCUACUGCAGAAUCCUGGUCUGUAAUACUUUUUGUUUCUACGAAUUUUAGCUUGCUAAGCUUGCUCUUACUGCUGUCAAAGUUCAGAAUGUGACAGCAUCAGUGUAUUUCUCAGUUCAGAUUCAGAUGAACACAUUUUGAUCGUUUCGUAUUCCUCAGAUGAGAUGCAAACUAGCUGUAAUUCAUUUGUCAGAUGUUACAACAUUUUUUUAAAAUUCCAAAUUCUUGCAUUUUACUAAAUUGGAAGCAGUUGUUUUA